GCGGUCCUGCCUGGCCACUGUGGCUCGGCUGCCCGGGCCACACUGCACUUGCUCUGUCUCUGCCUGGGUCCUCCAGGGCCUUUUCCCGAAAGCUCGGCCCUUCAGAGCCCCGGUCGGGCUUGCUGAUGCUCGGGUCGGCCUGGGACUUCCUCGGGGGCAGUGCAGGGACAAGUUCAGACGGUCCAGAGGGCUGCAGGUGUUGGACAUCAGCAGGGGCCUGGAAAGUGCUGGCGAGCCGUGAUGCUGGCCAGCAACCUGUGGGAGGGCUCACGAGGGACCUCGGGAGAAAGUGAGGUCGGGAAGAUGUGUUGAAAUGCUUCUCAUCUGCUGGUGGACGCGUCCAACGUCGGAGACAACGUGUGGGGGCACAGUUGGUGCUAUUUUCACUUGUCCACUAGAAGUCAUUAAGACGAGAUUGCAGUCUUCGAGACUAGCUCUUCGGACCGUCUAUUAUCCUCAGGUUCAUCUGGGGACCAUUAGUGGAGCUGGAAUGGUGAGACCAACGUCAGUGACACCUGGACUUUUACAGGUUCUGAAGUCGAUCUUGGAGAAGGAGGGACCAAAGUCACUUUUCAGAGGCUUGGGUCCAAAUUUGGUUGGAGUCGCGCCAUCAAGGGCCGUGUACUUCGCGUGUUACUCCAAAGCCAAAGAGCAGUUCAAUGGCAUUUUUGUGCCGAACAGCAAUGUUGUGCACAUCUUCUCAGCUGGCUCUGCAGCUUUUGUCACAAAUUCCUUAAUGAAUCCUAUAUGGAUGGUGAAAACCCGGAUGCAGCUAGAACGGAAGGUGCGAGGCUCCAAGCAGAUGAACACACUCCAGUGCGCUCGCUAUGUUUACCAGACGGAAGGCAUCCGCGGCUUCUACAGGGGGUUGACUGCCUCCUAUGCUGGAAUUUCAGAAACUAUCAUCUGUUUUGCUAUUUAUGAAAGUUUAAAGAAGUAUCUGAAAGAAGCUCCAUUAGCCUCUUCUACAAGUGGGACUGAGAAAAAUUCCACAAAUUUUUUUGGACUUAUGGCAGCUGCUGCUAUUUCUAAGGGAUGUGCCUCCUGCAUUGCUUAUCCACACGAAGUCAUAAGGACGCGGCUCCGGGAGGAGGGCACCAAGUACAAGUCCUUUGUCCAGACCGCUCGGCUGGUCUUCCGAGAAGAAGGUUACCUUGCCUUUUAUAGAGGACUCUUUGCUCAGCUCAUCCGGCAGAUACCAAACACUGCCAUUGUGUUGUCUACCUAUGAGUUAAUUGUGUACCUGUUAGAGGACCAUACUCAGUAACAGGCCAGAAAAUAUACUCUAGAAGAAUAAAACUGAGAAACUCUAGAGAAUUUUUUUUCCAUUGAUGUUUAGAAUGUUUGAGACCGAAACAGGAAAGGCCAUAAAAUAUCUGGUUCAUAUCACCUGUUGGAUAUUUCCUUUUGGAUUCAUGCUUUCUGGAAGGUUUAAAGUCAUUAACGUUAAUAGUUAAUUGUAACUUUUUUUUUUUAACUUAAGGGGAUUCAGGAUUAAGCAGCAACUAAAUUAAAUCAUGCUAUUUAAUUUAAGUGUGAA